AUUGGUGCUGCAGAGGAGGUCAAAUCUUGCUUUAGAGUUGGGUGGUCAGAUGAAUUGAGCCCUGAGCGGGGUUUUCAGUAUGUUUACUUGACUCCUGAGGAUCAUGAACGAAUGAAAUCUUCUGUCAUUGCUCAUGAACUGAAGUUGUCAGAUGGAGAGAUCCGAUGGGUUAUAGAUACUAUAAUAGGAAAAGAGGAUGGCCUCGGAGUUGAGAACUUAAGUGGUAGUGGAGCCAUUGCCAGUGCAUAUUCGCGGGCAUACCAUGAAACAUUUACCUUGACAUACGUAACCGGCAGAACUGUGGGCAUAGGUGCUUAUCUUGCUCGUCUUGGCAUGCGGUGUAUACAGAGGCUCGAUCAGCCUAUAAUUCUGACUGGUUAUUCUGCACUUAACAAACUUUUGGGUCGGGAAGUCUACAGCUCGCACAUGCAACUUGGUGGACCUAAAAUCAUGGCAACUAAUGGUGUUGUUCAUCUGACUGUCUCAGAUGACCUUGAGGGGGUAUCUGCGAUCUUGAAGUGGUUGAGCUUUGUACCCCCAUACUGUGGUGGUCCACUUCCUAUUUUGACCCCCUUGGAUCCUCCAGAGAGACCUAUUGAGUAUUUCCCUGAGACGACAUGCGAUCCAAGAGCAGCUAUCUCUGGCUUAACAGAUCCAAGUGGAAAGUGGUUAGGUGGCGUUUUCGACAGGGAUAGCUUCGUUGAGACACUGGAAGGCUGGGCAAGGACUGUUGUAACAGGACGGGCAAAACUUGGAGGAAUUCCUGUAGGAAUAGUUGCUGUUGAGACCCAAACUAUGAUGCAAGUAAUCCCUGCCGAUCCUGGACAGCUUGAUUCUCAUGAAAGGGUUGUCCCUCAGGCAGGGCAAGUAUGGUUUCCUGACUCCGCAACGAAGACGGCUCAAGCACUGAUGGAUUUCAAUAGGGAGGAGCUACCUCUUUUCAUUCUUGCCAACUGGAGGGGAUUUUCAGGUGGACAAAGGGACCUUUUUGAAGGUAUCCUCCAAGCUGGAUCAACCAUUGUUGAGAACCUUCGAACAUACAAACAGCCUGUUUUUGUGUACAUUCCUAUGAUGGGCGAGCUCCGUGGUGGGGCAUGGGUUGUUGUGGAUAGUAAGAUCAAUUCAGACCAUAUUGAAAUGUAUGCUGAACGAACAGCUAGAGGAAAUGUCCUUGAGCCUGAAGGUAUGAUUGAGAUCAAAUUCCGGACAAAAGAAUUGCUUGAGUGCAUGGGUAGGCUUGACCAACAGCUUAUCAAUCUCAAGUCAAGGCUUCAGGAAGCUAGGACUGCUGGGGUAUAUGCUACGAUUGAAACCGUACAUCAGCAAAUAAAAACACGCGAGAAGCAGCUUUUGCCAGUAUACACUCAAAUAGCAACAAAGUUUGCGGAACUGCACGAUACUUCAUUUAGAAUGGCUGCAAAGGGGGUAGUCAGGGAAGUGGUAAAUUGGGAAAGUUCUCGUUCGUUCUUCUACAGGCGAUUGCUCAGAAGGGUUGAGGAGGAGACGCUGAUCAAAACUGUGAGGGAUGCUGCCGGUGACCAGCUUUCUUACAAAUCUGCGAUGGAUAUGGUGAAAAGGUGGUUUCUGGAUUCAAAAGAAAGCAGAGAAGAUGCUUGGGCAGAUGACGAAGCUUUCUUCUCAUGGAAGAACGACCCUAAUAACUACGAGGAAAGCCUACAACAGUUGCGAGUCCAAAAGGUGUUACUUCACCUAUCCAAGAUUGGUGAUUCAACAUUGGAUUUACGUGCUCUACCACAGGGUCUUGUUGCUCUCCUACAAAAGGUUGAGCCAGCAACUAGAGAGCAGUUGAUCAAUGAUCUGAGAAAGGUGCUUAAUUAAUCAACGAGCCCGCAGCUCGAUGCCACUUGUUCCUGCUCCAUGGACCAUAUGUGCUGAACCUGAAAUCUGCUAAGGCAGCCAGCAGUCGACUUAUACUAUGAAGUGAUGGUUCUCUAAUGAAUAAUAUGCUUUCAACGAAGCGCUGGAGAUGCUUUGCAGGUCAUUGGUUCAAUUUUGUGUAGUAGAAUGUAGGUAGUAGAAUCCUUAAGAGAGAUGUAGGUUACAGCAUUCAAUUGUUUGAGCUAAAAGAUGCACGGCCUAGCAGGUUCCUUACUGAAAUUCCUGCAAGCCUGAUUAUCAUAUGAUGUAUAUCUUGAUUGCUCCCUUUGUAUAAGAAUCAGUUAGCAGAAUGUCCAAAUAAAAUAUGAGGCUUCUGUAAGUCAUGCUUGAAUGUAGUUGCUGUUCAAAUGGUUAGCAAUUGA